GAUAUGUCGACACUAUGGUAUCUGCUUUUCGGCCUGUUUGUCACGAUUUCAGGCCAUCACCCAACAACUGUUCAAUAUAGAGUAAUUAUACAAACCGGCCAUCGAAUGAGCGCAGGAACUGAUGCUCGUAUUUUUAUCGACUUGUUUGGUGCCAGAGGUAAUACUGGCAGGCAGCCUUUACCUGAUCAUCGUGGGAAACAAUUCGAAAGAGGCCAUCGGGACACAUUCACCUUCCAUGCCAAAAACGUAGGCAAGGUGCAUUCUAUCCAGAUAGGACACGACAACAGCGGCUUUAAACCUGGUUGGUUUCUCGACUACAGACCUGGCUUUACAACUUACCGGUUUGACUAUUUUAAUUGGAUCGCCGCCGAUGAAGGUGACCGGUCAUUGGUCAAGACAAUUAGUGCCCAUAGGGUCAAUGUUGUACCAAUAGGUUAA